AUGUCGGCGGCGAUGGAUAAGACCUUGAUGGCCAUGUCCCUUGAAGAAGAUGAUGAUGUUCCUUUUGUUAUGUCUGAUCUUCCAGAAUUUAGCUCGUCGGAGAGAAACAAAAGAAGCUUAAUUGGAAGAUUGUUGAAUCCUGAUGUUCAGGAAAUGGCUGAUUUCAUCUUUCAGAUGCCACGGAAAUGGCAGAAACAGGGUCGUGUCCGAGGUAUAGCUCUUUCGCAUGAAAGAUUUCAGUUCAUUUUUGAUAAUGAACAUGAUCUUUUGGAGGUUCUAGAAAAAGGGGUUCAUACUUAUAAAGAAUGGGCGAUUGUUGUUGAGAAAUGGGAGGAAGUUCCACCGCCUGAUUCUCUUCAGUAUCUUCCUAUUUGGGUUCAGAUUCGAAACAUUCCAAUCAACUAUCAAACCGAGAAGGCGAUAGAAGCGCUUGGAAAUAUUGUGGGCAAGGUAAUUGUGGGGGCCUUUGAUCCUACGAAGGCAAGAAGCAACGUUUAUGAAAGGGUUAAGGUGAGGUUUGAUGUGUCAAGGCCUCUGAGGAAAGAAAAAGUCAUUGAUCUUCCAAACGGUGAAAAAACAAAAGUCUUCUUCAACUAUGAGAGGAUUCAGAAACGUUGUUAUACUUGUCAAAGGCUAACCCAUGAUCAAGAUGUGUAUCCAAUUAAUAUCCGGAGGAGACAGUUGGAAGCUGAAACAAGAAGAUCUGGAGGAUGUGUGGUAAAGAAAAUAGCGAUACCUGUAAUCUCGGAAUCUGAUCCUCUUUAUGGUGUCUUAAAAGAAAAUCAAGUUGGAAUCAAUCCGAAUACAUGA